AUGGCCGACCCAGACGAAGACGUCACUGCCGCUGCCAUUCCCUCCCAGACGGAGCUCACAGCCGACACAGCCGGACGAUCUAUCUCCACGGCGACCGUCCCGCCUCCCUUCACUCCUCCAGCAGGGUUCCCUGACCUCAUCGCCACCGCGUGCUACGACCAAUUCUCUCGCCUGCCCCGCCGCGCGCGACCGCAAGCGAGUCGCGAGUGGGCCCUUCUGGCUGGAUUCCUUCUCUCCUCGCCUCCACACACCCAGCCGGUGGUGGUGGCUUUGGGAACCGGCAGCAAGUGCCUGGGCGCCAGCCAGCUGAGCGCUACAGGGGAGAAGUUGGCGGAUUCGCACGCAGAAGUGGUGGCUCGGCGAGCGUUCCGGCGGUUUCUGAUGGCUGAGGUGCGACGGGCGGUGGUGGGUGGCGGUGAAAGUCAGUGGCUUGAGAAGGAAGAGAGUGGACGAUGUGUCAGGCUGAAGGAAGGAGUGAGGGUGCAUUUCUUCACGAGUCAUACGCCAUGUGGAGACUGCUCGAUCUUCCCUCGGAAAAAUGAGACGGAGUAUGACGCAGGAGAUGAACGUGCAAUGAAGAAACAACGAUGUGAAGAAGAACAUGAGCCUAAGCGAAUCGCCUUAGAAGAUGGAGAAGCUGUCAUGGACAGCCUUCCUUCAGCAGAGAACCUCAACACAUCUGUCUCUGACGCCAGUGACAUCUAUCGCACGGGUGCCAAACCAGUAGUUGGUGAGACGGCCGACCCUCUUCAGCCGGGCGCUGGGUACCACGUGACGGGCGUGCUGCGGACCAAGCCCGGCCGCGGAGAGCGCACCCUGUCCAUGUCGUGCAGCGACAAACUGGCCCGCUGGCUGCGGCUGGGCCUGCAGGGCGCUCUGCUGAGCUGCUGGCUGCCGCAGCCACUGACUCUGAGCUCGGUGGUCACGGGUCCGUGCCCGUACAGUGAGGCGGCGAUGCGCCGGGCGCUGCUCGGUAGACCAGGGCUGAUUGUGGAGCCAGUGCUGGCGCAGGCUGGAAAGGAGUUUGAGUUCAGUCGGACGCUGGUGGAGGGAAGUGCCGCGGAGGGAGUGAAGGUUGUGCCGUCCCCGUGCGCUGUGACGUGGAGCAGGGGAUGUACCCGCGAGUUCGAGGUUUCCGUGGAGGGAAUACGACAGGGUGUCACCAAAAAGGCUCGCGGUACGCCGGCGGCUCGCGUGGCCAUCUGUCGGCGAGAGGUGAUGCAGGAGUUCGUGGAACUGGCGAAAGAUGUCGCCCUAGAGCAGCUCCCGGCCUGCCUGAGGGAUGAGGAUAGCUUGAGCGUGCUGGGCUGCUAA